UCACAAGAAAAUUGAAAAAUCAUAUCCUUCUUCUCGCAUUGAAUUCUGUUGGAAAAAAAAAAUGGAAGAAGAGAAGGCGGCAGCUUACUACGAUGAGCUUACCAGGAAAGGUGAGGGAGCGGCCAGAUUCAAGCGAGGCCUCGGUUUCUCCUCUUGCGAUGAUCAACACGAUGCGGUUCCUCAAAGAGGCACAACCUUUGUCUCUCCAUCUUCAUCCUUCCUCAGAAGUUUCGUCAGGGCCUCGAGUCCUACCACCGCUUCCAAGCUUGAGAAAGAAUCUCAACUUCAACCGAUCCAACAUAAGCUAAAGAAGAAGCCGGAAAGAGGAGCUAGGGUUUCGGCGAGAACCAACGUGGAGAGAGACGGAGAUAAGCAUUCAAGGAGGCGAAGUAGAAGCACGAGUAGGGAGAGAUACUGGGAAAAGGAUAGAGAGAGAAGGAAGCGGAGAAGGAGUAGGUCGCCUCGUAGAGAUCGGAGGAGUGGGAGUAGAGAUCGCCGGAGGAGGAGUAGGUCGCCUCGUAGAGAAGGGAAAUUGGAGCGGAGGAAUAGGAGCAGGAGUUUGUCGCCGCGGGAGUCAUGGAGGUCAGAGAGGCAUGGGACGAGAGAGGGGAAAUCCAAGAAGGAGAAAAAUGGAGCUGUUAAUUAUUCGCUGUUGAUCCAAGGUUACGAUAGUAUGUUGCCUCCUGAAAGACUUAAAGCCAAGAUGAAACUUCAACUUGCUGAAGCAGCUGAAAAGGAUCCAACAACAGGCCCUGGUUGGGAACGGUUCGAGUUUGACAAAGAUGCCCCUGUUGACGAUGAUGAAAUUGAAGUUGCUGAAGAUGAUGCAUCAUUAGUGAAGCAUAUUGGUCAGAGCUUUCGGUUUUCUGCCAUAGAGAAAAGGAGGGAGGAGCAACUGAAAGCUGCUCAUGAUGAGGCCAUUUUUGGCACAUCAACAGCUUCUCUUUCUGUUACAGCAGAUAGUGAACCAGAAGAGGAAAAUCUUAAGAAGGAUAGCAACGAUAAUGCUGUUGCUACUGGCCUCUUAAGUGAGAAGUAGGUUCUAGCAAAGCAACCAGGUUCGUGGCGAGAUCGGGUUCGUAAAGCAUAGAGGGGGAGCGGCAAAAAGAUGCAUUGUUUGACUCAACGAUAGUGGAUAUUGGCAGUGACAACUGCUUUCAACAUCGCAGCAGGCAAUCAGGUAGUCAAUUGAGUUCUGAAAGCAUGUUCAUCCAAACUGAAAUUGUUCAUUAAAAGCUAUCCUCUGAGAAAUUGAGUUCUGAAAGCUUUUUUGAAAAAGAAAAUGUUUGGUGUACAAAAUUUGUAUUUUAAACAUUUCAUGCGUUUAAGAAAUUCUAUCA